AGGUCCGGUUCGCUUUGCUCCAGCAGCCGCCUGUGAGAAAACUCCCCGAACGCGGUCGUCAGCUGGCAUGAGCUAACCUCCGAGUCCGACAUGGAAACCAAACCGUUCCUGUCAUUGGGGUUUUUGAAGCCCCAGUGCUCAUUGGCUCCCCCCAUGCAACGAGGUCGUCCGUCUGAGGCCUGUUCAUGUUUCAGUGGUGUUUGUCCCCUCCAUCAGCGUCGCCUGUCCUCAGAUUCUUCAGGACAGGUGACCUCCUCACCUUUAGGCUCUCCAACUUCCCAUCGUGGAAUGCAUCCCUCUUUGCUGAGCCCCACCUCCAUGGGCCCCUCCGGCUCUCUCCAUUCUCCCAUCAGCACCCUGAGUUCACCAAUGAACGGCCUCACCUCACCCUUCUCGGUCAUUAGCUCCCCUAUGGGGCCGCACUCCAUGAACUCACCUGGCAUGGGCUACGGCCCCAGCAUCAGCCCACAGUUGAACUCUCCGAUGAACUCGGUCAGCAGCACGGAGGACAUUAAGCCCCCGCUGGGCCUCAAUGGCGUGAUGAAGGUGCCCGCUCAGCCCUCAGGCACGGCUCUGUCGCUCACCAAGCACAUCUGCGCCAUCUGCGGCGACCGCUCCUCAGGAAAACACUACGGUGUCUACAGUUGUGAAGGCUGCAAAGGCUUCUUCAAACGAACCGUUCGCAAGGACUUGACCUACACCUGCCGUGACAACAAGGACUGUGUUAUCGACAAGCGCCAGAGGAACCGCUGUCAAUACUGCCGCUACCAGAAGUGCUUGGCCAUGGGCAUGAAGAGAGAAGUUUUGUUACAUGCAGCCGUCCAGGAGGAGCGCCAGCGAGCCAAGGACAAGAAUGAGAACGAGGUGGAGUCCACCAGCUGCGCGAACGAGGACAUGCCCGUGGAGAAGAUCCUGGAGGCCGAGGAGGCGGUGGAGCCCAAAACCGAGACCUACAUCGAGACCAACCUGGGGAUGCCGUCCAACUCGCCCAACGACCCAGUGACAAAUAUCUGUCAGGCAGCAGACAAACAGCUUUUUACUCUGGUGGAGUGGGCCAAGAGGAUUCCCCACUUCUCGGAGCUGCCGCUGGACGACCAGGUCAUCCUGCUACGAGCAGGUUGGAAUGAACUCCUCAUUGCAUCAUUUUCGCACCGUUCCAUCGCAGUAAAGGACGGGAUUCUGCUGGCGACGGGACUGCACGUGCAUCGCAACAGCGCCCAUAGUGCCGGAGUGGGAGCCAUCUUUGACAGGGUGCUCACAGAGCUGGUGUCAAAAAUGAGAGACAUGCAGAUGGAUAAGACUGAGCUGGGCUGCCUCCGAGCCAUCGUCCUUUUCAACCCAGACUCUAAAGGUUUGUCCAACCCAGGUGAGGUGGAAGCGCUGAGAGAGAAAGUCUACGCAUCUUUAGAGGCUUACUGCAAACAGAAAUACCCAGAGCAGCCAGGCAGGUUCGCUAAGCUGUUGCUGCGGUUACCAGCGCUGCGCUCCAUCGGACUCAAGUGUUUGGAGCACCUUUUCUUCUUCAAGCUGAUUGGCGACACACCCAUCGACACCUUCCUGAUGGAGAUGCUAGAAGCUCCUCAUCAAAUGACAUAAUAGGAGUGACCCCUCCUGACCCUCGGCGUCAUGGGCCCCCGAGCCCCCGUCCCACACUUAAACCCCCAACAUGCAUCACCCCAGCUGCCUUGGAUCCAGAACAUCUACGAAAGGGCAGACUUAAAAAAUAAACGACAAAAAGAAAACAUCUCCCUUCUUGCUUUUGUCCCUCCAUCCAUCUUCUCUGUUCACCAUCUCUGAAGUGUUUCAAAACGAGGAAUCCAUCAUGAAUAUGGGUCUCUUUUAUACCUUG